CAGGUAACGUUUCUUUUGUUGCAUUUCCAGUUUCGAGCACCAACUCACCAACAAAGAUUUUACCAAAAACUUUAGGACCAAUAAAUGUGAAUGUUGGACCCCAAAUGUGAUAGAAAACGGGCUAGAGAAUUUAUAGACUCUGAUUUUUCAGAAAGUAAACGAAGCAAAAAAGGAGAUAAAAAUGGAAAAGGCUUGAGACAUUUUUCAAUGAAAGUGUGUGAGAAAGUUCAGCGGAAAGGAACCACAUCAUAUAAUGAAGUAGCUGAUGAACUGGUGUCAGAGUUCACCAAUUCAAAUAACCAUUUGGCAGCUGAUUCGGCUUAUGAUCAGAAGAAUAUUAGGCGAAGAGUUUAUGAUGCUUUAAAUGUGCUAAUGGCAAUGAACAUAAUUUCAAAGGAAAAAAAAGAAAUCAAGUGGAUUGGCCUGCCUACCAAUUCUGCUCAGGAAUGUCAAAACCUGGAGAUAGAGAAGCAGAAGCGGAUAGAACGGAUAAAGCAGAAGCGGGCUCAACUACAAGAACUUCUCCUGCAGCAAAUUGCUUUCAAAAACCUGGUACAGCGGAAUCGGCAAAAUGAACAGCAGAACCAGGGACCCCCAGCUCUGAACUCCACCAUCCAGCUGCCAUUUAUAAUCAUCAACACAAGCAGAAAAACUGUCAUAGACUGCAGCAUCUCCAGUGACAAGUUUGAAUAUCUUUUUAACUUUGACAACACCUUCGAGAUCCAUGAUGACAUAGAAGUACUGAAGCGCAUGGGAAUGUCCUUUGGCCUGGAGUCCGGCACAUGCUCCCUGGAGGAUCUGAAACUUGCUAAAUCCCUGGUGCCAAAGGCUCUGGAAGGUUACAUCACAGAUAUCUCCACAGGACCUUCUUGGUUGAAUCAGGGACUACUUUUGAACUCUACCCAAUCAGUUUCAAAUUUAGACCUGACCACUGGUGCCACCUUAUCCCAAUCAAGUGUAAACCAAGGGUUAUGCUUGGAUGCUGAAGUGGCCUUAGCAACUGGGCAGUUCCUUGCCCCAAACAGUCACCAGUCCAGCAGUGCGGCAUCCCACUGCUCGGAGUCCCGAGGCGAGACACCCUGUUCAUUCAACGACGAAGACGAGGAUGAUGAGGAGGAGGACUCCUCCUCCCCAGAAUAAAGACAGGAGAAAACCUACUUUUUAUUAUUUGAUGCUCAUGUGUGUUAUUGGUGUGAGCUCUUGUAUGUGAACUGAUUGCUUCAGUCUUUGCCUUUGCACUGUGUAUUCAGUGAAAACUAGAGAAACACAAUAAGCAAAUUCCAUGGAGGCUAAGAUGAUUGAGAUGAAAGUUAACAUAGUGUGAAUGAAAACUCUGACUGACAGAAUAAUAGGUCACAUUGCAAACAAAGC